AUGGCGAAGAAGGAGCUUAUUCCAAGCAAACAAGAAAAGGCCCAUGAACGCCUGAAGAAUUUCCGGAUCGAGUUGGCAGACUAUAGGCAGAGUUUUGAUCGCUUAAGAAAGGAUAGAGACGACAGUCAAACGGCCCAAAACCGCACUGAGCUCCUUGGUCGUCGCCCGCAUCAUACCGCAACGCCCGAAAACCCCUACUCGCAAUCCAGCCUGGCUCAAAACUCAACCUUUGCUCCCCCUAAACCUCAAUCCUUGUCUUUUGGCGCCGCUCCACAAGACUACACCCGAGAAACACACGCUCUGCGUGAGCAGACCUUCAUGUCUUCAACAAAUGCUGCACUGGAUGAGUAUCUUGAACGAGGACGAGCGGUCUUGGGUGAUUUGGGAGACCAAAGAGAAAUGUUGAAAGGAACACAAAAGAAGCUGUACAGUGUGGCCAACACACUAGGUAUAAGUGGUGAUACGAUUAGGAUGGUUGAGAGGAGAUCGAGGCAAGACAGAUGGAUCUUUGGGGCUGGCGCGAUUAUAUUCUUUGCAUUCUGCUGGCUAGUCAUACAUUACCUUCGGUAA